AUGCAGAAGCAGGCGGAGACGCUGAAAAGGAUUGUCUCUACUCUAGCGAGCAAAAAUGAUGAAAUUCACAACUUCAUGGAUGUGCUGAACCAUAGAAUAAAAAGCGUUCAGGUAAACUCUUCGAAUGCAAUCAGCGAGUUGGAUGAAGAAUUUGAUGGUCUGUAUUCUGUAUUGCACGAGAUGAAGGGGAGUAUGGCCAGCGCUAUUCAGCAAGAAGAGGCUUGUAAAAUUCAAGCUCUGCAGGAUCAACUUAGCCAGUGUAGUAAUGCCCUAGAGAGUUCUGAAGAGCUGCUGGAACUUGCUGCGCAGUCCCUGGACAUAAAGGACCCUGUGGAGUUCUUACAGGCUGCCAGACAGAUCAAAGAUAGAGUCACAGUGGCUUCAGCGUUCCGCAUCUCUUUGAAACCAAAGGUCAGUGAGUGUAUGACUCAUUUGAUGGUGGACUUCGCUCUGGAAAGACGCAUGCUCCAGGCUGUAAAGUUUUUGCCAGUCCCUAAAGCUCCAGAGAUAGAUCUAGCAGCGUGUCUCGUUGCUGAUAACUGUGUAACAGUGUCGUGGAGAAUGCCUGAAGAAGACAGCAGGAUUGAUCAUUUUGUACUGGAGUAUAGGAAAACCAACUUUGAUGGGCUUCCUCGAGUAAAAGAUGAACAGCACUGGGAACUGAUAGACUAUAUUAAAGCUACUGAAUAUACAUUAUCAGGUCUGAAAUUUGAUACAAAAUACAUGAACCUUAGAGUACAAGCUUGCAACAAAGCUGUGGCAGGGGAAUACUCUGAUCCUGUGACUCUGGAAACCAAAGCGUUUGUGUUCAGUUUGGACAGUACUUCAUCUCAUCUGAACUUAAAAGUUGAAGAUACCUAUGUUGAAUGGGAUCCUACUGGAGGCAAAGGCCAAGAAAAAAGAAAAGGGAAGGAAAAUAAAAGCAGUGGCCACAUUCCUCUGCUGAAGGGCAAUAAAAGAAGUGGUGCACUGUCUCCGAAGAGGACAUCUAUUAGCACGAGGCCCUCGGCGAGAGGCGGCAGAGAUCGUUUUACUGGUGAAUCAUACACAGUGUUGGGAGACACCUUUAUUGAAAGAGGACAGCAUUACUGGGAGGUGAGAGCCCAGAAGGACUGCAAAUCCUACAGCAUAGGAGUAACAUAUAGAAACCUGGGGAAAUUUGACCAGCUGGGAAAGACUAAUUCAAGCUGGUGCAUCCAUAUCAACAACUGGCUGCAAACCACAUUUUCAGCAAAACAUAAUAAUAAAGCCAAGACUCUAGAUGCACCUGUUCCAGACAGAAUAGGAAUAUACUGCGACUUCGAUGGAGGUCAGCUCACAUUUUACAAUGCAAACUCAAAGGAGCUGUUACACACCUUCAGAACAAAGUUUACCCAACCAUUACUACCAGGCUUCAUGAUCUGGUGUGGUGGGCUUACAGUGAGUACCGGAUUGCAGGUGCCAACUGCUGUGAAAACACUCCAGAGAAGUGAAAAUGGGUUGAGUGAUUCAACUAGCAGCCUAAACAACAUUGCCUAG